AUUGCACGUCUCGCCCCAUCAAACUCUAUUAAUAAUCACAACAUCUAAGUCAUCGCCCAUAUUGCACUAUUAGUCCCAUAAAGUUGUACAGAAAAUAACAACAGAAUUGAGCUAUUGCAUUUUGGGUCUAUUUCCUAGAUGAUUUAUCGCCAGAUUUUUGGACCCUUUUCUUAUAAAUACUCUUUUAACUGUCAUUACCAACCUGCUUGUCCUCAGCCAUUGGCCACCCUAAGAAAUAUGGAGAGAUACAAUUUCAACUUCUCUCUUUUUUCUCCCUUUAUUCUUCUCUUGACCCUUUUCACAUGCAAUCCAACUGCUACUUCUCAAAACUCGACUUCAGGAGAUGGUUUGUGUGGUUCUGUUUUCUGUGGGCUAGGGACAUGCAAGAGUAUUAGCACAUGGCCUGGUUUUGAGUGUGACUGCUAUUCUGGUUGGAACAAGAUUCAGAUUGGUCCAUUGACCUUUCCCUCUUGCCUAAUUCCCAAUUGCACAAUUGAUUUACAAUGUGGUAAUGGAUCUCCACCACCACCUCCUCCAUCAGUUCCUAGCCCUCCACCUUCACUAAAUUUAUCAAACCCUUGUAACUUAAUUUGGUGUGCCGAUGGAUCCUGCUUGCCUAAUGGAAGAGGACACACUUGCCAGUGCAAUGAAGGCUCAUCAAAUUUAGCCAAUAAUACAGAGUUACCCUGUUUUGAACAAUGCUACUUUGGAGCAGAUUGCAAUAGCCUUGGGUUUGGUCCCCCAGCUUCAUCGCCACCAACACCACCAUCAGGUUCGAAUGGAAAUAUUAUGCCACCUCCAACGAGUACUAGUCCAGACUCGGCUGGAAAUGGUUCUUCAGAAAUGUCAAAUUCCUUGAGAAGUGUUGGUGUUCUAACCAUGAUAUUAUUAGCAGCAACUUCCCUAGCAUUGUUUUAGAGAAAAAUACACCAAGAUCAUUGGAACAUCAACAAAGGAAUGCUCGUCAUAAAUUCUUUACUCACAAAAAUAGUGAACAACACAAUAAUAAUGCUUUUUAUUACCACAGAUUAUGUAAACAGCUUGUUAAGAGACAGUAAUAAUGAAUCACAGAUGUAUACUGCUACCAGAAAGCUAUUCUUCUGCUCUUAUUGUUAAUUUUCUAUUUUAGAAUAUAGGCUGAUUUGCCCUUUAAA